UCAUAGGAGGGGAACUUAAGUCUAUGGAUCUAAUAUGGAUUAGUUACAUAAUUAUUUUUGUAACAAGUUCAAUUUGAUUCCAAUAUAUUUAAUAACUAUUUCUAUAUCAAAGUUUAAUUCAUGAUUUGAACGUUUACCAUGCCAGUAAAUUGCUCGAAAUGUGAAACAAAUAGGGCCACGGUGAAACGUCCUAAAACUGGUCAUGCUGUGUGCCGUGAAUGCUUCUUCGCUGUAUUUGAAGAAGAAGUUCAUGAAACCAUCACUAGGGGGAACCUCUUUCAGCAAGGAGAAUAUGUAGCCAUUGCUGCAUCUGGAGGGAAAGAUUCAACAGUGCUGGCAUACGUUUUAAAACGUUUGAACGAACGCUAUAACUAUGGUUUACGUCUGGUACUUUUGUCCAUUGAUGAGGGUAUCACAGGCUACAGAGAUGACUCUUUGGAGUCAGUGAAAAGAAAUGAGACAGAUUAUGGCAUCCCAUUGAAAAUCUUAUCUUAUAAUGAGCUUUAUGGUUGGACUAUGGAUAAGAUUGUGAAAGAAGUUGGCCGUAAGAAUAAUUGUACAUUUUGUGGUGUGUUUCGCCGGCAGGCCUUAGAUCGAGGGGCAGAAGUCCUGGGAGUCGAUAAGUUGGUCACAGGCCACAAUGCUGAUGAUGUUGCAGAGACUGUUUUAAUGAAUGUACUUCGAGGUGAUAUUGCUAGGUUGCAACGAUGCACAAAUUUGGUUACAGAUUCAGAGGGUCUCAUUCCACGCUGCAAGCCAUUCAAGUACACAUAUGAGAAAGAAAUUGUGAUGUAUGCAUAUUUCAAGGGAUUAGACUAUUUUUCUACCGAAUGUAUUUAUUCCCCCAAUGCUUACAGGGGCCAUGCAAGAGCUUAUUUAAAAGACUUGGAGGCUAUACAACCAUCUGUCAUACUUGAUAUUAUUCACUCUGGUGAAUGCAUGAAGUUGAAAGAAGACAUCAAGUUGCCUUCUCAAGGAGUAUGUGAAAAAUGUGGUCUUGUUUCUAGUCAGUCUAUUUGUAAGGCAUGUCUCUUGUUAGAAGGUCUGAACACAGGAGUUCCUGGGCUUGGUGUAAAGAAAAGCAGCAAAAUCAAGAGGAGGAACCCCAAUGCACCUACGGGUUGUAAAGGCAGUUGUCAGUCUGGAUGCAAAACUUGACAAUGUAUAUUCUGUGUGAAUAAAUGUUUUAUUAAAUUA